CUCGUAUGUGGCGUUACGGCAUCCAUUCUUUCCUUGAGUUGCUUAGGAUGUGUUUACCAGCUUCGCUAGAACACAUGCUAACCUUUAUUUCUAUCGCAUACUCUAUGUUGGCUCUGCUAUAUGAAACAGUGCCGGCGUUUGAAGAUAUAUGGAUUGAAUGCCUAGGAGGUUUGGACCGUUACCGCAUGGUCAUCGAGGAUGACGAUAUUCGUGACCGGGAUGUUUGGACGUCAGUUCCCCGCUCCUGGUACUCCAAGGCAUCUGCUAAUACUCCAACCAAAGCCCGCCAUCAGAUCCAGCUUGUUCUCUUCCUUCAUGUCCCUGCCAUUGGCAGCCUUUAAUCGGAGUCCGGUGGUGUAGGGUUCGAGCAAACUGCGCACAUUCUGAAAUCAUUCGUCGUGUUAUGCGCAUUUGGGACGUGGUUCCCAUCACCAACCACAGUCAAUAGUGCGCCUUGUGCCAGCCCAUGUACCGCAUCUCGGACAAAAGGUCGCCACGAAAUGACACAUGUUGUAGUUGUUUCCAAUUAUCGACACCUGAAUCGUCCCAGGAACAAGCGAUGUCCCAGGAGAAAUAGACGUCUUAGGGUAGCGAGUGUACGUCCCAGGAAGGAAGUAGAUAUCUUGAAAAGAAAGUAGACGUCUGUCACGGGUUUUCAAAUAUGGAGGGAAGGACGAGAUGCUAGAGAGAAACAAGCUGCCAGCGACGAGAUAGGUACCAGUAGUGCAGUAUAGGGGACUCAAUAACGACA